AUGAUUGGAACUGGUCAAUUGAAAGCGGCCGCCGCGGUCGCUCUACUGGUCUUGAAUACUAGUUUGUGCUUUUCGAGUCAACAGAUGUUGGGUCAGGCCCAGCGGAGGGUCACGAAAGACGCAACAGCAGCAGCACGAGUUGAAGCCGAGCUACAUUGUGAUACAUCGCAACGUCGCAUCCAGAAAGAAGAACCAAGAGCGCUGCUCACCAAGAGUCUCUACAAGUUUGAACAGGAAGUAGAGGCUUUGUCGGAAGAACGCAAGAAGUAUUUGCGCCAAGCCGAAACGACAUGUCCGGAAAUGCUUCACGACGACUUCAAGCUGAUGUUUUUACGUACGGAACAAUUUAACGUAGAAUUGGCGGCCAGGCGAUACGCGACUUACUGGGAGCAUCGGGUUGAAUUGUUUGGACCCGAGAAGGCGUUUCUCCCGCUCACAUUGAGCGGCGCCAUGAAAGACGAUUUGAAGUCCUUGUCACACGGAUAUACCCGAACUGUAUCUGGUCACGGCCGGGUGUUGCUUAUGGAUCCUUCGCGGAUUGGGAGCGACUACGACAUCGACAGCAUUGCUCGAUGCCAGUGGUAUGUUCUUUCCAAGGCGUUGGAGCACAACAUUGAUAUGCAACGGCUGGGAGCAGUUUUUGUUUUGGACUUGGGAACUAUUCGGACUUUCGAUCGAAAGCUCCUCAAGCGGCUCUCGGAAACCGGCAAUGAUGGAUUUCCAGUCCGAUGCGACUUGUACUGUAUCGUGAACCCCCCUCCCUUGGUCGACUUUUUCGUGAAUGUGAUCAAGGUCUUUCUCAAGCCGGAGGUCAGGAAAAGUUUGUAUGUUGUGAAAACGGGAGAUAGUUUGGCAGAAUAUGUCAGUGGGUUGACUCUGAAUGGGUUGUACGAUUCUCUGGAUCACGACAAAUGGGUGAACGAUAUGCUGCUUUCUGAAAAGUAG